UACGAAAUUGUUAUAAAUACUAAUCCAACAAUCCUAAACUAUACUACCAAUUAGUACAUACCAAAAUACAAUUCCAAAUUCUUUCAACUUUGCCUUCUUGGUUUACAACUCCAAUUAGUCACAAGCUGUAAGCAAUGGCCACUGAACAGAAUGUUUCCUUCCAAUUCGAAGGUCUUUGGGUCGUAGCGGUUGAUGAUGACACCACUAUUCUUGAAAUCAUUAAACAAAUGGGUUUUAAAUGCCAUUAUCGUGUUGCCACAUUCUCUGAUGCCCCAGAUGCUUUGAAUUAUGUUCUGGAGAAUAAAGAUCGCAUUGAUGUGAUACUCGUUGAUGUUCACUUGCCAAAUAUGGAUGGCUAUGAAUUCCUUAAGCAUAUCAAUAAGGAAAUUGAUAUCCCUGUCAUCAUCAUGUCUGUUGAUGGUUCUACGAGUGCUGUGAGGAAGGCUAUUACACAUGGGGCAUGUGAUUAUUGGACCAAGCCUUUCAGUGAGAACCAAUUCAAGAUUAUGUGGAAGCAUGUUGCUAUGAAAGCCUGGAAUGAAAGAAGCUACAAAAAAAAGAUUUUCUGA